AUGGCUACAACACUUGAAGUCGAAGCAGCCUCUCUCCAAAGGGAGCGCCGCCAGCGCUUCCACGAGGCCGAUGUCGUUGUCGUCGGCGCCGGUGUCUUCGGCUGCGCCGUCGCUUACGCCCUUGCCAACCAGGGCCGCAGCGUCAUCCUCCUCGAGCGAUGGAUGCACGAGCCGGACAGGAUAGUCGGCGAGCUACUGCAGCCCGGCGGGUGCGCGGCGCUGCGCAAGCUGGGGCUCGGACACUGCCUCGAGGGCAUCGACGCGGUUCCAUGCUACGGUUACCACAUUCUCUUCCACGGUGACGAGGUCGUAUUCCCGUACCCUGCGACAAAUGAACAGGGAGAGGUAGUGUUGGCGGAGAAGAAAAAGGCCGGUGAGGAAUACAAGAAGCCGGAGGGGAGGGGCUUCCACCAUGGACGGUUUAUAAUGCAGCUGCGGAAGAGCUGCCUCGGCCACCCCAAUAUUUCCGUCUUCGAGACGGACGUCACGAGCACCAUUGUCGGCGAGCACGGCCCGGAGGUUCUUGGGGUGGAGAGCAGGACGACCGACCCCGCGACGGGCGAGAAGAAGCCCGACUGCUACUUUGGCAAGCUGACCAUCAUCGCCGACGGCUACGCCUCCAAGUUCCGCAAGCAGUACGUCGGCAAGACACCCCAGAUCAAGUCCAAGUUCUACGCCCUCGAGCUGAUCGACUGCCCCGUCUCGCCCUCUGGCUACGGCCACGUCGUCAUCGGGAAGGCCUUCCCCGUGCUCCUCUACGCCAUCGGCAGCCACGAGACGCGCGCGCUGAUUGACGUCCCCGUCGACCUGCCGGCCGCCUCGGUCGAGAAGGGCGGCGUGCGAGGCUACAUCAAGAACGUCGUGCUCCCCACCCUCCCCAAGGAGCUGCACCCGUGCUUUGAGGCCGCGCUGGCGGACGGCAAGAUCCCCAAGAGCAUGCCCAACAGCUGGCUGCCGCCGUCGCAGCAGUCCACCAACCCGGGCGUGCUGGUGCUGGGCGACGCCAUGAACAUGCGGCACCCGCUGACGGGCGGCGGCAUGACGGUGGCGUUCAACGACGUGGUGGUGCUGUCGGAUCUGCUGUCGGGCGUGCACGACCUGGGCAACGGAGAGGCGGUUAGCGGCGCCAUGAAGCAGUUCCACUGGCGGCGCAAGAACCUGUCGUCCAUCAUCAACGUGCUGGCCAUGGCGCUGUACAGCCUCUUCGCCGCCGACAGCCCACAGCUACGCGCCCUGCGCAUGGGCUGCUUCGCCUACUUCCAGCGCGGCGUCACCGAGGAGCCCACGGGCCUGCUCGGCGGGCUCAUCCACCGCCCCUGGGUCCUCAUCAGCCACUUCUUCACCGUCGCCUUCCUCGCCAUCUGGCUCAACGCCCGCGAUGUCAUGGGCGGGGGACCGCUCGGAUUCCUCAAGUUCCCUAUUGCCAUGCUCGACGCCGUCUUGAUUCUCUGGAAGGCGUGCGUGGUGUUCCUUCCGAUUAUGUAUCGGGAGGCGCUCUAG